CCAAACAUGUUUAGGGCACGACAAAAAAUCUCCUCCCUGAUGCCGAUGCUUAUCAUCGUGCUGGCCAUCGUCCUGCGGCCAAGUUUUGCCCAAAUUCUUGGUGGCGGCCAUUGUCCUUUGGUGAAAUUUCCCGUUAAGCCCGGACAAACAGUUUGCGAACAACUGUGCUACACCCCGGGCACACGAGCUGUUCCGCCAUUUAUCUGCAGUCGAGCCAGACGCGAGGGAUUGGCUUUCCUCUGCGGCGGUGGCUGUUGCAGAUCGGGCAGAAAUUGUCUGCGAUUGCUGCGCACCUAA